GCUCUGAAGUUUUGAAGCUACACUACUGAGCAGAUAAGGCAUAAAAAGUAGAAGCUUGAAUUUAUCAAGACUCUCAAACAGAAUUUGUGUUGUUCUGAGGUUUGCCCUCAAUUCUCUGGGAAAUGCUCCCUCUGUCUGACAUGAGUUUUGUAUCCACUGAAAGAACACAAAAGGAUCUUUUGCAAUGUGCUUCCACCUGGCUUAUGUCCUGUUGGCUUGAGUAACAUCCUGGCAGGCAGUAUGUCUUAGGAACACUCUGUUCUGCUUGGGCAUAUGUGCUUAUGACUACGUUUUUCUUGUCACUCACCAAAUCCUUUUGACAUUGAGCUUACUGUCUAUGUUUUUUUUUUUUCUAGAUGCCAGUUACCUGCCUUAAUUUGGUUACUGAAUCAGCCUGGCUGCAAAGGGACUGUAGAAAGUACCUCACAGAUGCCACAUGCAGUGCUGCUCCAAGACGGACUCUUAAAAUGAUUCAGCCUUCAGCAACAGGUUGUCUGAUUGGCAGAGGUAAUGAGAAGAAAUCUUCAGUCACAAGCAAACUCCGGAAUAACAAGUUCACCUCAAAGGCUCUUAAAGCAGAGAGAUCUGUGGGCAAGGAGCAAGAAAAUGAGAAUAUGAGUGAUGUCAUUCAAGCUGUAGAUCUCAUGAUAAAAGGAAAUCCUUCAUCUCAAUAUUGGAAAGAAGUGGCUGAAGAAAGGAGGAAGGCUCUGUAUGAAGUGCUGCAAGAAAAUGAAAAGUUGCACAAAGAAAUUGAACAGAAGGAUGGUGAAAUUGCCCGCCUGAAAGAAGAAAAUGAAGAGUUAAUGUCCCUUGCUGAACAUGUGCAUUAUAUGACCAGUGUGAUUGAGAGGCUAACUGGGCAAGCACCUGACAAUCUUGAGCCUCUGAAGAGUCUGUCUGAAUCCAAAGAGGAAAAUGAAGAGCUUAACUGUGGAGGCAAUGCAGACAGCCUGUCUGAGGAGGGGCCAUCGCAAGUAUCGUGUGGUUUCAGGGAGAGCAUAUCACAUCUUGCUUCAAAGGAAGAAAAUAAUUUGCAACUGGAAUGACAACCUGUAAAUAGGCUUCUGUAUGUGGCUUUUAAUUGCAGACUUCUUGAAAGGAUAUAUUAAAACUUCUCAGGUAUAGAAACUCCUGUGGAAGCAUCAAAGAUGUUGUUUUUUUAACUGAAAUUAUGUGACAGUGGAAGUAUCUAGAUACUGCAUAGAAGACUUACUACAGGCUACCCUCAGUUGCUUGUAUAAAAUGCAAAUACUGUGUAUUUCACUGUUGUGUAAAUAUCUUAGCAGUUGGCCUGAAGUGAUCCAUGAAAAUCAAUAAAUAAAUCUUUGCCUUACCAAAACAGCCUCUUACUUCAGGGGAGAAUGGCUGCUUCUAAGCUUUAAGUUAGUUGUGGCUACUGUAGAUGGAAGCUUUUGAGUAUUUAGGGUGUGCCUUGACAGUUAACUCUUUAGAUUUGCAGUUUUGGAGAUCCAGAGUAGUUUUGGUGACUGGGGAAAGCAAAGUAGUACUUGUGAGCUGCUGUAGUAAGAGUCAAGAUCUAAAGUUCAUUUGGGUUUUUUGCUUGGGUUUUUUAAACAACUGGCUGUCUUUUAAGGGAGCCAUUUCUAAGAUGUAUAGGUGAGAGCUUAAAUAGCAAGUAUUAAACAGUCUCUUUAUAAGCCAAUACAUGUAUUUCUAAAAGAAAAGAUGGGAUGUUCCUGCUCCUAGUAGCAGUUGUACUGAAAAUUAGAUGGAGACAAAGCAGCUUACACAUCAGAGUAGUGGGUGCCAAAUUGGCUGCUUCAGGCUAUGUGUAAACACAUCUGCAGAGCUAUCAGAUGGGCACCUUUAGAUUCCUUCCAUGUCUUGCUGUCUCCCUGUGGGUGGCAGUAGAUGUUUCACAACUUAAUUCAGUUGUGACAUUCGAGGAAUGUGAGAACUAUUGUAGGAACCUUUUGGUUUGUUUUGCCUCUGAAUCUGGUAACCUCAAGGCAAGGCAUGGUGUCUUCCUGAGAGCUUUGUAAACGAAAGGUACCACCUUCAAUUUGUGCUCAAAAAGCAUGCUUAGUCAUAAUCCUUUCUAUCACAGUGCAGAAAUGGUGACAAAGGUGUGUCCUUUUAAGUUGCACUGGUGGCUGUGGUUAAGAGAACACAGACAACUAGAUGUUGGAUAACUGCUUUCAAAACGGGUAAUACUGUCAAGUGACUUAAACCUCUGUAUCAGACUCUUAAGUAAUUUUCUUGUUGAAGUAAUUCUUCAACAAUAAGGACACAUCCAUUUUCACUUGUUUGAAUGGUAUUUAGUUACUAAUAGUUAACAGUAAUUUUUUUUUUUCAGAGGUGGCUUUGUUUUUAAACAUUGAGUAUUUUGCAUUUGUAUUUCCCUUCUUUGGGGGAAGAAAGCACAGCUGCAUAAUUGGCUGUCCAGACAGACAAAUCCAACUGAGACAGCAAGCGCAACUUUCCCACUUCACCUCCUGCUCUGUAAAUGGCAGUGAUGCAGGGGCUGCUGUUAGAACAAAGAAUUGCCAGGAGAUAUCAAAUGCAGAAUUUGCAUGUGUUAUCUGCAUCUGGUUCUUAUUUUUAUCAAGAUGGUUGAGAAGAUUAGAUUAGAUUUGUCUUGUGCUUUGUCUUGAUUUUUUUUUAUUUAAAUGAGAUAACAGUCCCUUGAGUAGCUGGAUGCUUGCUUCUGUUGAAAUGGAUUGUGUACAAAGUAAAUCAUACACCUUCUUCAUAUAGGCUGAUGAAUGGAUGUACUGCAGCACUUUGCUGACCUGUAAUAGAGCUUUUUUACAUCAAAAAAUAUAUCUGCCACUUAAUACAUGCACUUGCACCUAAAGUCUUCAAAUUGGGGCUGCCAUGGGUUUAUUAACUUAUUAAUAAGUUAAUAACUUACAACUAUCAUCUUAGCAGAGAUGCUAGUUUGUUGUAGAAACCCUGGAAACAUACAUGCUGUGGAAGACUGGGUAUGUGAGCUGAAUAGUGGUACAAGAAAAAAACCCAUAUCUAUGCUCUGUCUCUGUCACGGAUGUAUUGGACUUCAAUCAAACAAUCUCUCCAUGCCUGUUAGCAGAAAUAUUAAUGUAUGAAAGCAUUGUCAGAAGUCUUAUGAUUCUACAUUAACUGCUGUUUUAAAGGGUCAGGUUUUGUUUUAUUGUCUGGAAAAUUCCUGAAUGUGUACAGCAGAAAUGUUAUCAGGUAAGUCCAGGAACUUUGUAUGCACAUGUGAAAGGCUUGUCAAAUAUGUAGAAGUUACGCAGAGAUUUGUGUAAUUAAUUCUUACAGCCAUCUGAUCUUUUAUUGAUAUGUAGGGAAAUUGGUUUACCACAGCUAUAUAACAGCUCAAAAUAAAUAUCACUUAAGAGAAGAGAAGAAGGAAACUUCAUAUCCAGCUAAGUUACUGAGAACACUGUCUAGCACAAUGAAAUAAAAAUGCUUUUAUGCACCAA